GAAAGUGCAUUUGACCGAAACGAGAUGUCUGGACGCGGAAAGACCGGUGGCAAAGCCCGCGCUAAGGCCAAGACCCGCUCGUCCCGUGCGGGCCUCCAGUUCCCCGUGGGCCGUGUCCACAGGCUGCUGCGUAAGGGGAACUACGCCGAGCGCGUCGGUGCCGGAGCUCCGGUGUACCUGGCUGCGGUUCUGGAGUACCUGACCGCCGAGAUCCUGGAGUUGGCCGGGAACGCCGCCCGCGACAACAAGAAGACCAGGAUCAUCCCCCGCCACCUGCAGCUGGCUGUCCGCAACGACGAGGAGCUCAACAAGCUGCUGGGCGGCGUGACCAUCGCUCAGGGAGGCGUCCUGCCCAACAUCCAGGCUGUCCUGCUGCCCAAGAAGACCGAGAAGCCGGCCAAGGCCAAGUAGACGUCGGCAGCCCGAGCGACGACCCCAACGGCUCUUUUAAGAGCCACCCACUUCUGUCUGUAGAGCCAGAGUUUCUAAAGUUCACUUCAAUGACAUAAAGUAUGUUACGAAUCAAACACCAGAGAGAGAGAGAGAGAGGGGUGAUUAACUUUAAAAAGGGGAUGAACGUGAAAUGCUACAGGCUUCACAUAUAAAGCUCAAAUGUUGCAGUUGCAGAUGAAAGAUUUGUGGGAUUUUUUUUUUGGGGGGGGCUGGGGGGUUUCUAAUAAACAAAUGAAGGAUGCUUUGCUCAUCUAAAACCAAAUGGUGAAAAAGCCUCUGGACUGGACAACUCUGCAGCCUGAGAGGGAAUCACACACCAAUCCAACAAGCCUUCGGUCACAACUCCGCUUCCGGUUGCUCUGAUUCUUGAGCAAUCAGUCUGGCAACAUCCAGACUGGCAACAUGGCCAGAUCCCUGUAGUGGCUCUUGAAGCAGCGUUAAAGAACCCGCUGCUUGUCAAGUUUUUGCUUGAACAAAAACAAACCUGAGGAAGAUGAGUGGAGAGGAAUCCCAAAAUGCCAGUCUGAGCGUUAGAAAUUCACAUUUCAUAGUCUAAGACACAGGUGUCAAACUCCAGUCCUCAAGGGCCGGU